AGAAUAUAAGUCUUACGCAUACACAGUUUAGUCUACUUGUAUCUUGUAUCUACUUAGCCUGAGAUAUACUGCUUUUGUGCAUUGACCCAACUUCUAUGUUGAAAGAUGACACUCUGGAACCAGCUGCAGCUGCUGGACUCUCUGUAUUUAGAGCAAGUGGACCAGCUUUAUGAUGAGGCUUUUCCUAUGGAGAUCCGACAAUAUCUCAGUCAAUGGAUUGAGAGUCAUGACUGGGAAUCCAUCGCGAGUAAUGUAUCUUUGGCAACCCUGCGCUUCCAUGAACUCCUGAACCAACUGGAUGAGCACUACAGCCGUCUCAACCUAGGGAACAACUUCCUUUUACAGCAUAAUAUACGCAAAAUUAAGCGUAACCUACAGGAGCACUUCCAGGAGGAUCCUGUUCACAUGGCUAUGAUCAUAGCUAGCACUCUGAAUGAAGAGAGAAAGAUACUGGAAACUGCACUUAAUGCUCAAGAUAAAGGUGGCUCAUCACAGGGGAGUAUCAUGAUGGAACAGCAAAAUGAGUUGGGCAAUAAAGUCAACAAUUUGAAAACGAGUGUGCAGGAAAUUGAACAGGACAUUCAGGUUCUGGAGGAUGCGCAAGAUGAAUAUGACUUCAAGAGAAAUACUUUGCAGAGUCGAGUGGAAGCUGAAAUGAAUGGCCAGAUAACAAAAGCGAUCCAGCAGGAGGAAAUGGCACUUAGACAAAUGUUUGUUGGGCUGAGCAUGAAAAGAGAGGUGGUGAUAAAAGAAAUCGCUAAUGCACUGACUCUAGCAGAGCAGAUCCAGCUCUCACUCGUAUCAGAAGAGUUACCGGAAUGGAAGAAAAGACAGCAGAUGGCUUGUAUCGGAGGGCCACCCAAUGCCUGUUUGGACCAACUGCAGAGCUGGUUCACAGCAGUGGCAGAGUGUCUGCAGCAGGUCCGUCAGCAGCUGAAGAAAAUUCAGGAAUUGGUGCAGAAAUUCACCUACAACAACGACCCCCUCACUCUGGGCAAGAGCCAGCUAGAUGAGCAGGCCCUUUCACUCUUCAAAAACCUUAUAUUAAAUUCUCUUGUGGUGGAGAGACAGCCUUGUAUGCCCACACAUCCUCAGAGACCCUUGGUGAUAAAAACAGGAGUUCAAUUCACAGUCAAGAUCAGAUCACUAGUCAAACUCCCUGAACUGAAUUGUCAACUCAAAGUAAAAGUCUCUAUUGACAAAGAUUUAACAGAGAAAGACACGAUAAAAGGAUGUAGGAAAUUCAACAUUUUAGGAACGUUUUCUAAAGUUCUGAACUUAGAGGAAUCCAGUGGAUGUCUAGCGGCUGAAUUUCGUCAUUUGCAAUUGAAAGAGAUGAAAUGUAGCAACAGAACCAAUGAGACCCCUCUUAUCAUUUCUGAAGAGCUGCACAUACUUAACUUUGAAACUCAACUCAUUCAGCCAGAACUGUGUGUUGAUUUAUCGAUCACAUCACUUCCUGUUGUGGUGAUCUCCCAUGUGAAUCAGUUACCUAGUGCCUGGGGCUCCAUCUUAUGGUACAACAUGCUCUGCAGUGAACCCCACAAUCUGACGUUCUUCUUGAAUCCUCCACCAGUGAAAUGGGAGCAGCUUUCAAAGGUUUUAAGCUGGCAGUUUUCUUCUGUCACUAAACGAGCGCUGAACUCUGAGCAGCUGAGAACGCUGGCCGACAAACUUCUCGGUCAUGAAGCCCAAGGUGACCCUGAAGGACUCAUCAACUGGAAUACAUUUUGUAAGAUGUCUCCUAAUGAGAGGGGUCUACCGUUCUGGCUGUGGAUAGAUGGAAUUCUGGACCUUAUUAAAAGACACCUGCUCAACAUCUGGAAUGAUGGGUAUAUUAUAGGGUUUUUGAGUAAAGAUCGAGAGAGGGCUUUGUUGAGUGGCAAACUCCCGGGCACUUUCCUUUUGCGCUUCAGUGAAACCUGUCGAGACGGAGGAAUCACCAUCACAUGGGUGGAGUAUUCACAGAACGGUGAACCUAAGACGCAUUCAGUGAAGCCCUACACUAAAACAGAUCUGGCGUCUAUUUCCUUGCCUAACGUCAUCCGCAACUACACCCUCACUGCUGCAGAGAAGAUUCCGGUGAACCCCCUCAUCUACCUUUACCCAGACAUCCCAAAAGAUGACGCCUUUGGUCGCUACUAUACCAGCUCGUCUGAUGAAGAGAUGGAGAUAGACAAACCUAUCAAGCCAUAUUUAGACAGACGCAUCAUUUCUGUGUCAGAUGAACCUUUUUCAAGACCCCGUAAGUGUUAGAGCACAUCAAGGCAAAACUGAUAUGAGGAAUGUUUCUCCACCAAUGCAUCUAAAUUUAAUCCAGAGCUUUUUAUGGAGGAAAAUGAAUCUGUUUCUAGAAGUAUUGUUUCUGGCACAGAUAUCUAUAGUGAAUAAUGAAAACAAAUAGUGAUACACAAAUGAUUUCUCUGUACUAUAUUAGUGUUAAGGAUCUACUGUACUACAGUUAUUCUCCACCUGUGUGAAGAAGAGGAGCCAUUUCCUUCUGCCAAAUUAUAGAAUAUAUUUAACAGUGUAAUCCUGUUCUUUUCGUUCAUUUGUUUAUAUAAAAAUGUGAACAUAUGGUAAAGAAACUUGCAUGUUGCAUGGUUUUUAAUUUUCUGUGUACUACCAGUCACUAAGAUAAAGAUACUGUUGUGAUGGAUAUAUACAAAUACUCUGAAAAGCUGUUUCUGUGAAGACAUUUGUUUGUGAAAAGGAUAUCCUUCUCUAUCUUGUGAAGCACUUAUUUAUUUUUGCACAUCAAAAUAUCUUUACAUACAAUUGCCUUAAUUGCACAUGUACACACACACCAACCUGAUAUGGUCUUACAGAAAUCAACCUACCUUCUACAGUCAGCAAUACUAUACAGAUCCAAGCCAGGUCCAACAGGCAGUGUUACUUAAUGUGAAGUAAUAAUAAAGACUAUUAAAUGGUUUUUAUUCAUGUAUUAUGCUUUUUUUCAACAGCAGUUUUCUCUUUUUCAUCCAUCUUUUUCUCCUGAUGGAAAUCAUUAUGAAGCUUAAAGAUAAAGUGUGUAAAUCUGGCGCCAAACAGGGCUGCAAAAAUAAAUAACGACUGUUUCCAAACAUA